UGGACACAUUCAUCAUUCAUUAGCAACGUUGUGGCGUCUCUAUAACAACGUCACAACGCGCUACUUUGCUUGGACGGCAAACGGAAAGUCCAAGAUGGAGAGGAUGAAGAAUGGGACAGCACAGGAGACAAAGUGCAACAAGGGACUGUGGGACUGUCCACGAUUUAAAUACAGCAAGGAGACUCAGGAAUUAUUACAAGUGAUGAUGCAAGAAUCACGGCUCACCACCUUUCAGCAGCGGCACAUCAACAACCAGCUGAAAACAGGUGGAACUUUACCAGUAACCUGUCACCCAACAUCAUCUACGACACCUGUGCAACCAGAGCUGAGAAUCAGCAAAGGCCCAGUUCUGUCCUUCAGAUCACAGAAACGCAGAGCAGAGCAAUGCAGCGCCGGUGACAACUACACACGUGAAAGAUUUCGACCCAGCGCCACACGAGACUUGGAAAAAGAGAAGCGCAGACUGCAGAACAUCUUCGCUACAGGCCAAGAGGAGACGCCGCCCUUGCCGUCCCGCACGAGGCCUGCUAACAGAACGGAGGACACUGAGACAGACAGGUUCCAGGAAAUUCUGAAUGAGAUCGAAGAGAGAAGGCAGUUUUUGGAGGAUAUGAAUGCUCUUGGAAAAGGAAACCAGUACCAUCACAUUAUUAACAGUGAGAUAUCUCAGAAAAUCCGAGAGCUGGAGGUGAUUGACAGGGUGCGCAGCGAGGAACUAAAGAGGAUCGAGGGAAAAGUGCAGAAAGCUGAAGAGCAGCCGUGAAGAAACAAACAGUAUUCAUCAGUUAUCAGUACUGCCUAUUUAUUAAUCAUGGACUAUACAUGAUUUCAGGUCAUUGUUUUGUUUGCUUGAAUGAGAAACCAUUUUACUGAGACAUA